AUGAAGUAUCAAAUGAUGGAUGACAGCACAGUAGACGGUGAAAGAGAACAAUUAAAUAAGGAUAAGGAUACUACAGAACCAAAUCCAAAAAAAAUAAGAUAUAAAUAUGGACCAAUUGAAACAUAAAGGUUUAGAGGUAUACCCGUUGCUGAUCCAAAAAUACCCAAAAAAGUGGCUGCCAUCAAAAAAGAAUUUCAUCCUGAUAUAAAGAGUAUGUAUCUAUCUUUUUUUAAGAUUUGUAAACAAGAAGAUGCUGAAAAUGCAGUUCAACAAAAUGGUAAUGUUUUCAAAGAACACCAUUUGUGUGUUCCUUGGUGUGGUUCUACUACAAAAAAUGAUGAGUGCAAGGCAAUAUUUAUUGGAAAUUUGAAUUUUGAAUAAUUCUAAGGAGCUGAAGAAGACCAGUUAUGGAACUUAUUUGAACCUUGUGGUUUGAUAAAAUCUAUUAGAAUUGUCAGAGACUCUCGUACCGGUUUAGGAAAAGAAUUUGGCCAUGUCAAUUUCAAAGAUGCAGAUGCCGUACAAUUAGAUCUCCAAAUGCAAAAUGUGAAACGUGGUGAUUGGGAAUUGAGAAUUAAAAGCGAGUCGUAUAACUGGUUGCAGAUAGGACAGGCGCUAAAAAAACACUAUCAGUAG